CGUCCCCAGCCAGUCAUAAUGGGGCUCUAUUUACUCGACUACGGUGCAGGAAACGUCCAGAGUCUCGCAAAUUCUCUCACUUCUCUUGGCCACUCAUUUACCUGGAUUUCUUCACCAGACGACUUCCAACAUGCUACUUCUCUCGUUUUUCCCGGUGUUGGGGCCUUUGAGACUGCCGUCCAGCAUCUCUCAUCUCGCGGGCUUCUCCAGCCCUUGCGCGAGUACAUCCUUUCCGGGAAGCCUUACUUUGGCGUUUGCAUUGGCAUGCAGGUCCUCUUCCAGUCUUCAUCAGAAUCUUCUUCUGCCGGACUCGGAAUUAUACCAUGUCCCAUAGAACGUCUUGACGACACGGACAAAGCUGUUCCCCACAUGGGUUGGAAUACUGCCGAUCUCGCUUGCCACGAUGACCCCGAACAGGUCGCGGACUCGUCGUACUACUAUUUCGUCCAUUCGUACUGUGCAAAGUACGACCCCCACAGAUAUCCUGACGCUGCGCAGUGGGCAUAUACGACUACCCAAUAUGGCCAAGAACUGUUCAUUUCGUCCAUUCGGAAAGCCAAUGUUUUUGGUACUCAAUUCCAUCCUGAAAAAUCGGGAACUGCUGGACUUCGGCUUAUUGAUGCUUGGCUUCAGAAACCCGAAUCAGCUCAUGCAUCAUUGCCAGGCGCAAUCUCUGCCCACUCGUCGUCUUCCCCGCCCGUUCUGAUCCCAAUGCCACGGCACCGUCUCACCAAACGAAUUGUCGCAUGCAUGGACGUUCGUGCGAACGACGAUGGUGAUCUUGUUGUCACGAAAGGAGAUCAGUACGAUGUCCGAGAGAAGGCUCCCACGUCCACCGACCCCACCGUGGCUGCCACAACAGGUGGCGCUAUUCGUAACCUGGGCAAGCCCGUCGCUCUCGCCUCUCAAUAUUACCUCGCUGGUGCAGACGAGCUUUGUCUCCUCAACAUCACCUCUUUCCGCCACUCCCCCCUCCGGGAUCAGCCCAUGAUCGCAGUCGUCCGGGCUGCCGCAGAACGCGUCUUCGUCCCCCUCACUAUCGGUGGUGGAAUAAAAGACACCGUCGACCCAGACGGGACCAAGCACGCCGCACUGGAAGUCGCGGGAGCCUAUUUCCGCGCCGGCGCCGACAAAGUCAGUAUUGGCAGCGAAGCGGUGUUGGCUGUGGAGAAGAUGCUGGCGUCGGAAAAUAAAGAGGGUGACGGGACGAGUGCAAUCGAGACAAUUGCGUAUGCGUAUGGAAGACAAGCGGUCGUCGUGUCAGUUGAUCCUAAGCGAGUGUAUGUUGACCCCAAAACGUAUGAUGGUCCAUACAAGGGAGAGGUAAUUCGAGGACGCCCUGAUUCCAAAGUGAUAGGGGAGAGGGGAAAGGCUUGGUGGUAUCAGUGUACAGUGUCAGGUGGUCGCGAAUCACGACCACUGUCUGUCGUCCAGCUUGCCAAGGGUGUGGAACGGCUCGGUGCUGGAGAGCUCUUGGUCAAUAGUAUUGACCGGGAUGGUACAGGUCUAGGGUUCGACCUAGAUCUCAUCCGACUUGUCAAAUCGAACGUGAAGAUACCCGUAGUUGCGAGCAGUGGUGCAGGCACUGCAGAGCAUUUUCGCCAAGUCUUUGAGGAAACUGGUGUCGAAGCAGCUUUGGCUGCCGGUAUAUUCCAUCGUGGCGAGGUGGGCAUCAAAGAUGUCAAAAAAUGUCUCGAUGACAACGAAGUUUGUGUCAGGCUGGGGUAGAAUGUCAGCGUAUAAAAACAGAAUAUACUUAUUGAUCAUACAAAUGCUACAGGCGAGAGAAAAUCUACUUUACAUGCUUUGGUGUGUACGUAGAUAUCGAAACAGCGGAGUUUACGUCGGAUCAAGAGACAAGAUACACCAAAAAAAGAAUACGGACGGGAGAAGGUCGUUAUCUCGCAGCAGGAGAACACGAGAGGUGCAGAAUGGAGAAGUAGCUGUCCAAAGAAGCGG